GCACGCGGAGUCGAGGCUUAGGCCCCAAAAAAUCGCCAAAAUUCUACACCAACAAGCUUUAAUCAGCCCCGAGAUUUCGCUCCAGUUCGCAACGGCGACCACAAUGCCCUACAACGGCGCCAGCAACGGAAGCGGUGGAGCCGGCGGCGGCGGAGGGGCCACCAUAGUCGUCAGCGAGGGGCCCCAAAACAAAAAGAUCCGCACCGGUGUCCAACAGCCCGGCGAGAAUGAUGUGCACAUGCAUGCUAGGUCCACACAACAACAGAACCAGCAGCAAGCACUUAUGAACAAGUCAAAUGACGACCUACGGAGAAAGCGUCCCGAGACUACACGGCCAAAUCACAUUCUACUCUUCACCAUCAUAAAUCCUUUCUAUCCCAUCACAGUUGAUGUCUUGCACAAAAUCUGUCAUCCACAUGGCCAAGUGCUGCGCAUUGUCAUCUUCAAAAAGAACGGCGUCCAGGCCAUGGUAGAGUUCGACAACCUCGAUGCGGCCACAAGGGCGCGCGAGAAUCUGAAUGGAGCCGACAUCUAUGCCGGCUGCUGCACUUUGAAAAUUGAUUAUGCCAAGCCAGAGAAAUUGAAUGUGUACAAGAACGAGCCCGAUACCAGCUGGGACUAUACGCUGAGCACAGGUGAGAUUCUACCAAUUAAGGAUAUCGGAAAUGGUCGCUCGCCAUUACUGCAGGAGCCCCUAUACGGUACACGACCUCAGCCCUACAGUAAGUCGCUGUUUUCUAUACCCGAAAAUGUUGUUAUGCUUGAGAGCCAGCCACCGCUAUUGGGACCAGGCGCCGCCUUCCCGCAAUUCGGAGCCCCCGAAUAUCAUCCCACCACUCCGGACAACUGGAAGGGCGCCUCUAUCCAUCCCACUGGACUCAUGAAGGAGCCCACCGGCGUGGUGCCCGGACGCAAUGCUCCCGUCGCCUUCACACCUCAGGGACAGGCUCAGGGCGCUGUCAUGAUGGUCUAUGGCCUGGACCAUGAUACUUCGAACACGGAUAAGCUCUUCAAUUUGGUGUGCUUGUACGGCAACGUGGCCCGGAUCAAGUUCUUAAAGACCAAAGAGGGCACCGCCAUGGUCCAGAUGGGCGAUUCAGUGGCCGUUGAGCGUUGCGUACAGCACUUGAAUAACAUUCCCGUUGGCACUGGCGGCAAAAUUCAGAUUGCUUUCUCCAAGCAAAACUUCCUAUCCGAGGUGAUCAACCCAUUCUUGCUGCCGGAUCACACACCCAGUUUCAAAGAGUAUACUGGCUCCAAAAACAAUCGUUUCCUAUCGCCGGCCCAGGCCAGCAAGAAUCGCAUUCAACCACCUAGCAAGAUCUUGCACUUCUUCAACACACCGCCCGGUCUGACCGAGGACCAGUUGAUUGGAAUCUUCAACAUCAAGGAUGUGCCCUCCACAUCGGUGCGCCUGUUCCCCUUGAAGACAGAGCGCUCGUCGUCGGGACUGAUCGAGUUCCCCAACAUCUCGCAGGCGGUCCUGGCCAUUAUGAAAUGCAACCAUCUGCCUAUUGAGGGUAAAGGCACCAAAUUCCCAUUCAUCAUGAAGCUGUGCUUCUCCUCCUCGAAAAGCAUGAACGGAGCUUGGAACAAUGCGACCAACGAGGGCAUGAUCGAGAAGGAGAAUGAGGUCGACUCCAAGGUGGACAUCUACAAUUGAGAUUUGAUAACGAUUGUGUAAGCGAGGCCAACAACAACAGGCCCAUCAAGAACACACUACACAACAACCAAGAAGAAGAGGGCAUAAGACAACCAAAACUACAAAAACUACAAAACUACAAAAACUACAAAACUACAACAAGAACAUUCAGAGGUCUUAUACACGCGACAACACGCCAGUGCCAGCAGUAAAGGGGAAAAUGCUGAGGCAUCCAAUUGAUUGAUAAACAGAACCAGAAAAAUCCAACCAGAAGACCACGAGGGCGCAAACGCAUUUACCUUUUUUACGAGCCACUUACAUAGAACAACUGAACUCAUCUUCAAUGAUUCAGACACCCUUUAUCUGUCGUCCUAUGUAUGGUACGGACUCGUAAAAAAGCCAACACGCUAUGCACACUAUAUAGAAUAUUACAGGACAUUACAUGCGUUUGCGUGGCGACUGGAAAACAAAUGAAAAUGCUAAUAGGGCUACAAAAAAUGGAAGGCGACGACUUUCUCACACAACACAAACGCAAGCCAGAAAGCACACUUACCAUUUUUUGUACUGCUUCCUGUUUCUCACACUUGAAUCCAAUUUUAUCCAAUUGUAUGAUAUGUAACGUUUAAUUGGUAAAAACAAAUUAAAAAACGAAACAAUAUAAACCGGAAUAAACCAAAAAUAAUAAAAUGAAUGUUAAAAUAAUGAGAUCCCCUGCCCGCGAUCCCAUGAUCCGAUCCCUCUCACAAACCUCCUAUCCCACAGGCAUAUAUCUGUUUAGUUAAUAUCAAGAUUUUGAAACGGAACCAGAAACGGAUACGGAUACGGAUACGGUUAAAUAUGCAACAAAUAAGAAACAUUUCCUUGGACAAUAUUUCGACAAGUAUUCGGGCGUGAGAAAAAGUCUUAACAAAACUAUUUAUUGAGAGCGAAAUAAAUGUGUAAAUUUAAACCAAAAAUUUAGCAUAUUUAAAUGAAAUUUAUUAAUUUUAGUUAUGAGAAAGGCAAACACUGCGCACUGCUGCUGCAGCACUUGCAGUUCAUUUUAAAUUUCUUACUUUAGCAAAAAGAAUUAAAAAAGAAUGGAAGAGAAAAGGAAAGGAAAGAAAACAAAGGAAAACCACAGAGAGGGAAGAGGAAAAACUUGCACAAGCCAAUGUUUUUACUAUUAACAAAACAAGAAAAGACAAGACGAUAAACAUAAUUUUUGUGCUUAAUUUACAAAGUUGAAAAAGGCAUAAAUUUAUGUGUAUGAGCUGUAUUUGUAUUUACAUUAAAAUUAAUAUUAAUUUUACACUAAAUGUAAAAAUAACUAAAAACAAAAACCAACAAACAAACAAAACAAAAACAAAAACAUUAAACCUACCAGAAAUUAAGUUAAGUGCAAGUGGGGAGACAGACAUGCCAACCGCAGACAUAAAACAAAAAUGAACAUAUUUUUGAGGCGUUUUAAAGUUAGAGAAGAAAGAGUCAAACAUUUCAGAACUCCAAGUAAAGUUAGCAAAAGCAGUGCGACAACGACGACGCGCAGAGGAGGAUUAGGGCGUAUUGCAAAUGCGGAUAAUGGUAAUGAAAAUAACAGUAAAGAAAAUGAAAGAAAGGAAAAGAAAAGAAUUAAUUAACGAUAUCAGCAAUAAAGCAAAAGCAACAACACCAUAUCAAAGGCGUAUGUUAAAUUAUCUAUAAUGAAAUUUAACUAAACAUAAACCAGAAAUUCUAAGUAUAGUAGUGUUAUGUAUAUCUAAUCGGUUCACCUACGUUUAUCAUUUUAUCAUUUCGAACCCGAACAGGCGGCAGUGCGAGACCCGGUUAGUCUCAGCUGGCAGCGCCUGUCUGUACAUUAUACAGGGCGUUGUUCCAUAUAUCCUAAAUUCAAAUCAACGAAUACGAAUACUUACACUAUGCCACGGCCGCGAAUCGAAUUUCUUCAACACCCCCUUCCCGCACACUUCGCCACCCACAUUCACCAUUUAUCAUUUAUCAUUUAGCAUUCACCAUUCACCGCUUGACGGAAUCAUUUGCUUCCAUACAGAUCGUGUUUCAUCCAUCAUUAAACAACAAUACAAUCAAACUAUGUGCAAUUUGGGCUUUAAACGAGACUUUAUUUCCUUCUAUUUAUUUAUUGCAACUCCCUCUCAUUUCGAAAUCUAGUUCGUGUAAUUAUUUCAAGUGUCUUUACAGUCUUAGUUAUUAUGUAAAUUGUUUUUUAAUCAUUAAUUGUAGAAUAUUUUUGUAAAGAUUAAGUAUUAUUGUACUUAAUUUAAAUUACGAACAUGAUUUAUUGACAAGCUUAAAUUAGCCGCAACAAAAAAGAGAAAAAA